UUGGCGGAUUACAAGGCAAACUGCUGGAUGACUCCACACACAAUGAGCAUCUGUCCCAAUCAGGACAAUCACCAAGCCUGUUUGGCUUCUUAUGCAAGACUUAUUGGGACAGAAAUUACUCCCAACUAUGUUGACAGCAGCCACACCAAUUGGACCAUUUCCCCAUGGUGCACCUGCAAGGGCAGCGGAAACCAAGAGGAGGAAUGUGGGAACUUCCUGCGGUACUUCACCAAUAACACAUGCCUAAGAAAUGCCAUUCAGGCCUUUGGUUAUGGGAUGUACAACACACAGAACAAAACUGCGACUAUCCCAAGCCCCUCAGCGACAUCGAAAACGGAGUCCGAUUGGCCGAGCAUCUCAGACCAGCCCUCCGUCACCAUCCCAAAG